UCAAACUCGGCCGACUCGUCUGCCACGGCCGUCAGCACGCAGCCCCUUCUUGCACAAUCACGACAAGACAAUGGCUUCUCCAACCCCGUCUCGCGGCCGAACUCGGACUACUUCAGCGAGAAGAGGCAGCGGCGCAGCAGGCUCGACUCGCGGACGCUGUACAUGAACAUGCUGCUAGCGCUGGAGAAGAUCCCGCGGCUGCACAACAUCCUGGUGUCGUUCUUCACGUGGAUCCUGCUAAUCGGCUUCAUCGUCAUGACGGGCUCGUUCAUGAGCGGGCCGCUAGACCCCAGCGAGGACAGCACGCUGGGGUCGGCGGCCAACGCCUCGACGCUGGUGGUCGGCACCGUGAGCAUGGGCAUGGGCCUGCUGGGCGUGGGCUGGCUGGCCUUCCGCUGGCGCAAGAACUACGUGUGGCUGCUGAAUAAACUGUACCUGCCGCUCGUGCUCAACUCGCUGGCCGGCUUCAUUGCCACGUUUGUCAGCAUCUACGCCCAGCAGAGUGGCGAGUGGCACAUGCAGGCCAUCAUCACCAUCUCCGUCGAGGCCUUCGUGCUCGUAACGUCGAGCGUCCUAUUCUGUGUCUAUAAUUUCUGGUUCUCCGUCCGCGUCGGCGCCAAGAGCAGUAGCAGCAGCAGCAGCAGCGCGAGGUAUCAGGACACUAGCUACUUUUCCACCGGCGACGGCGUCGGCGGCGGCGGCAGUCUCUCUCGCAAAUCGCUCGCUCACAGAGUCUACAGCGUCCGCAAGGCACCGUCGCUGGCUCCCGGGAGCGUAGUCUGA